CGACGCUCUGGGAGUGCCGCGCGGCUGCCUCUGUGGCCCCAUCGGUGCGUGUAGGGGGGAGCUGCUUCCGCUUCCGCUGCCCUUGUUGCCGGCGGGAGGUGAUGGGACCAAGAGCCACGAUGUGGCGGAACCUGCUGGGUCUUCGCCAAAUUUCCCAGAGGACCAUAAGCACUGCUUCACGCAGGCAGUUUGAAAAUAGAGUUCCUGAGAAGCAGAAGCUUUUUCAGGAGGAUAAUGGCAUCCCAGUUUAUCUGAAAGGCGGUAUAAUGGAUGCUCUGUUGUAUAGACUCACCAUGGGUCUUACAGGUUUGGGAACAGCCUACGUUGUUUACGAGCUGCUUGUCGCUUCGAUGCCCAAGAAGCAGAAAUGAUUCCAGUUCCAGAUGCCUCAGUGACUAGCAUCUCUUCGUCCACUUCCAUGUAACUAAGAUGGCAGCUUAUACUUAUUAUAAGGAGCUGGCUUGAUGCUUGGAAUCAUAAUUUAAGUGUAACAUGUUAACUGCAAUUAAUAAAGCAGUUUUUAUGUUG